GUUACUUAAUGGACGUACCUCUGCAAUCCGGUCCUCAGUUUUUUGUUUAAUAUUAUAUUUUAAAUACGGCCUAAAUUUUCUAAAUUUAGGCUUGUUCUUCGCUGCGACAAAAACUGCAUCGUUGCAUCGUGCGUCAAAACAAAUAAAAAUUGAAAGUCAAACAAAAAAAUAAAGAAAAACUUUCGUUCAAAUUAUUAAUUUUUCUUUAGUUCAAAAAAAAAAGUUUUUCGAUUAGAAUGUCUUUAGUUUCAAUUGGUUCCACACUCCGAUUUGCCUCGAUUAAACUUAUAAACCAGAAUGAGUGUAAACUAGCGAUGAGUCUAAUGAAAGCACGACAAAUGUCGGUGGCUUCUGCAUUGUGUAAUAACAAUAAUUAUCAUGGAAAUUAUAUCAAUAAUGGCGCAUUAUUGGCAAUAAAUCGAUGCAAAAGCAGAAACAUGGCUACUUCUCCGGGCAUCAUUGGAGCCAUGGUCUCCUCGAAACGCUACUUGUCGACACACGAAAUUACGAAAAAUCUCUUGUUAAUUUCUUCGGACAAGAUGAAUGCCGAAACAGACGCAAAAACGCUUCGAUUGAAGCAGCAACGCGACAAACCGUUGGUAUUGAUGUUAUCAUGGUUGCAGGCCAAACACAAGCAUUUGAAAAAGUAUGCCGAGCUCUACACGGAACAAGGGUUCGAUGUGCUCAUUGCCCAAAUUACGCCGUGGCAACUUUUGUGGCCAACGAAGGGAGCACAACCCGUUGCCACUGACAUUGUCAAGUUUUUGUACAACAAUCAAUCGUAUGCACCGAUGGUAAUUCAUGGAUUUUCUGUCGGCGGAUAUCUCUGGGGUGAAUGCAUGGCACAGAUGGCUCUCGAUUUGGACAAAUACAAGCCAAUGUUGGCGCGAAUCGUUGCACAAAUUUGGGAUUCAGCUGCUGAUAUUACGGAAAUCCCCGAGGGUGUGCCACGAGCCUUAUUCCCGAAAAAUGUUACGUUGCAAAAUGCGUUGAGAAGUUACAUGUUGUAUCACUUGAAAACGUUCCACGACACAGCAACUGUCCACUACAUCCGCAGCAGUCAAAUGUUCCAUUACUCUCUCGUAACGGCUCCCGCUUUGUUCUUAGUCUCAAAAACAGAUCCCGUUGGAGCUGAAUCCUCGAACCAACGUGUCCGUGAAUGCUUGGAAUCGAAAAAUAUUCAAUGCACCUGGAAAUGCUGGGAUCGUUCGCCACACGUUGGACACUUCAUGAAGCAUCGAGACGAGUACAUUGAAAGCGUUUUCGCUCACUUAAACUCGGUCAAUUUGCUGAAGAACGAUAAAAAUGUCGAAAAACUGAGAGCAAAAUUAUAAAAAUUUCUUCAUCGGAUUUUUUUUCAUUACUUUUAACAAAUAAGUCUGUGAUUGGAUUAAAAACAAAAAAUGGAAAAUUAUUUUUGGCACUGAAAUAAAUUCAAACUUUGGCACAUGAAUUAUUUUUAUGGCUUGGGAACGAAAUUGGAUAUUAAUUUUUAAGUUUUUUAAGUGAUAUAAAAUCGAUUUCAACAUAAUUUCAGUUUUUUUACUAAAAUUUUCUUACCUUUUUAAAGGAUUUUUUCAUGUAUACCUUAGAAAGUACCUAAAAUGAUGAUGCAAAAAAAUU